UUAAAAUACUGGAAUAAUGCUAAAUGGACUCAAAAAUUACCACCAACUUAUGACGAUUAUACUAAGACGUUUACUUUUGUAUUCGAUAUUGACGAUUCUAUCUGUAAUACGUACGAUGACAUUAACCAAAUUCUUAGCGAUCAUAGCGUUAGUUUUACAGCAUCGGUGGAAAGAUGUGAUGUGCUAUGUCCGAUUAAGCUUGGAACCAAAUUAGGUGAUUUAACUUUGCUAGAAUUUUUAAAUGAUGAUGUAUGUAAAUAUGAGUUCGGUCAUCGAAGUAACGUAUGUUUCAGACGGGAGAUCAAAGUUGAUGAAGAAAUUAAGUGCAUUAAUUGUGUGAGGCCUUAUAGUUUUACCAUUGAAGCAUGGAAGCUUUAUUAUAUUUUAGAUUGUCUUAAAUUUGAUAC